AGAGAGAGAGAGAGAGUAAUGCCUAUGUAUUUCAUUAUUGCAAAGCGAUGCCUACAACUUGCCAUUAGAUUGUGUGUGUACUGAAUGUGUAGCACCGGAGUUUCAUGCAAUUGCAUACAAGUGCUCAGAUACUACUUCUACUACUACUACUACUACUAGCAGCACAAGUGCCUCAAAAACACAUACAGUUUCUGUUAUAAUAUUAUAGUAGAGUCAGUGAGUGAGUGCAGAGAAACUGUUUUUGGGAGACAGAGAUGGUAUGAGAGAGAGAGAGAGAGAGAGAGAGAGAGAGAGAGAGAGAGAGAGAGAGAGAGAGAGAGAGAGAGAGUCUCCAAAAGGGAUAGACAUAUAAGACUGUGUGUGUGUUUGAGCUAACACAUACAUAAGCUCCCUAUCUAUCUGUAUUUCUCUCUCUAUAUACACACACACUAUCCACUAUGACAUUCAAGAGUGAUGGCUCACUACCAGCACCAGCAGCAGUAGUGGUGGUAGUAGUAGUGAUAUCUCUGUGCUCUCAAUCACAGUGACUGCCCUAAUGGCUAAAACAUCAACACCAGUAUCAACAGCACCACUAACACCAACAACAACAUCACAAUAAUAAUAAUAAUAAUAAUAUCAACAAUAAUAAUAAUAACAACUAUAGCGAUAUGUAUAUUGGUUUUAAAAACAUAUACACACCUUAUUAUUAUGAAAAGUCAUGUAUGGAUCGACACCAGUGCUGACCGUUGCUAACAGUUCACCAAUAGAUGAUAAUAAUACUAAUAAUAAUACCAAUUCAGAUGUGUUAGCAGCGCACGUGUUGUCCUGUUUGUCCUCUACCUCCUAUUCAUUACCAUCAUCUAUGGUGAUGCUGUUUGAUGACUACUAUUGUCGUUGUUGUGAUCGCAGUGAUGAUAAUAAUACUAUUGAUAAUGAAGAUGAUGUUAUGAUGGAUUCGCCAGCAAUUAUUGUCGAUCGACAACAUAUACAGUGUGUUAGCUAUAAUUGUUGUGCUAAUAGUAGUAGUAGUAGCAGUAGUAGUCGUAAAAGUAAUUUAAUCAUUAGUAUCAACAGCAGCGGUAGUAUCGGCACUGAGACCAAUAUUGACGGCAAUAAUCGUAUUAAUGUUGUUGUUGUUGUCGACAAUUUUAUGUGAUUAUUAUUAUUAUAUAACAUUAAUCCACAAUCAACAACAAAAAUAUUGAAAUAUAAUUAUCAAUGAAUACUUAGUGUAUAUAUGUCUUAAGCCUCUUUACCACUCUGUGGCAUAUAUUAAGCAUAAAACCAUAACGUGUUAAAGUGUAUUAUCCAAGUGCUGACUGUGUGUGUAUUAUAAUUAACUGUAUAUAUAAAUUUAUAUCAUACCACACCAUAUAUACGGUAUAUAUAUAGCAAGUGUAGCAUCAAUUUAUUAUUAUAAAUAAAUAUACCAGUGCUCUCAUACUGAACAACACCAUCACCAGUACCAACAUCUACAACAUACACAACUAAAACAAUAACUAUACCAACAUAACAACAAUAAGUGUAUAAUUAAUAUUUUUUUUGGAGCACAGACCUAAAAUAUAUAAACACAUAUAUAUAGUGAUAUAAAAAAACUACCAAUUAAUUAGUGGUUAACCAACAACAACAACAACCACAAAAUGGCUGACCUGGAAGCAGUUCUGGCCGAUGUUAGCUACUUGAUGGCUAUGGAAAAGUCGAAAUCAACACCGGCAGCCCGGGCCUCCAAGAAGAUCAUACUGCCUGAUCCAAGUGUCAGGUCAGUGAUGCACAAGUAUCUGGAGAAGAUGCAAGAAGUAACCUUUGAUAAGAUAUUCAACCAACGGCUCGGGUUUCUGACGUUCAAAGAUUUCUGUGAGAAUGUAUGCGACGAAUCGGUGCCGCAGUUAAAGUUUUACGAAGAAAUCAAAGCCUAUGAAAAACUGGAGACCAUUGAGGAACGUCGGGUUAAGGCCCGGGAAAUCUACGAUAAUUUCAUAAUGAAAGAACUGUUAUCCCAUACACACUCCUAUUCGAAAGAUGCCGUCAAUCACGUCCAGAAGUAUCUGAUGAGGAAUGAGGUGCCGGUGUCGCUGUUUCAGCCGUACAUCGAAGAAAUCUAUAGUCAUCUGAGAGGCGAUAUUUUCGGAAAGUUUAUCGAAAGCGAAAAAUAUACCCGAUUUUGUCAGUGGAAAAACCUGGAGCUCAACAUACAGCUAACAAUGAACGACUUUUCGGUACAUCGGAUCAUAGGUCGCGGCGGUUUCGGUGAAGUCUACGGCUGUCGUAAAGCUGAUACGGGAAAGAUGUAUGCCAUGAAAUGUUUGGAUAAGAAACGGAUCAAAAUGAAACAAGGAGAGACACUGGCACUCAAUGAACGUAUUAUGUUAUCGUUGGUCAGUACCGGUGAGGACUGUCCGUUCAUAGUGUGUAUGACCUAUGCUUUCCAGACGGCCGACAAACUGUGUUUCAUACUUGAUCUGAUGAACGGCGGUGACCUACACUAUCAUCUGUCACAACACGGUGUCUUCACCGAACAGGAGAUGCGAUUCUAUGCCUCCGAAGUGAUACUCGGUUUGGAUCACAUGCACAGACGGUUUGUUGUCUAUCGUGAUCUAAAACCGGCCAAUAUAUUACUUGACGAGCACGGUCAUGUACGGAUAUCUGAUUUGGGACUGGCCUGCGAUUAUUCUAAAAAGAAACCGCACGCGUCGGUCGGCACCCACGGGUAUAUGUCACCCGAAGUACUGUCUAAAGGAACGGCCUACGAUGCAUCCGCCGAUUGGUUUUCCUUAGGCUGUAUGCUCUAUAAACUGUUGAAAGGUCACAGCCCUUUCCGACAGCACAAGACUAAGGACAAGCAUGAGAUCGAUAGGAUGACAAUGACAAUGAAUGUAGAACUUCCCGAUUCAUUUACGCCAGAGCUCAAGCACCUGUUGGAGGGACUGCUGGCCCGCGACGUUGACAAACGUAUGGGUUGCCGGGGCCGCGGUGCCGAAGAGGUCAAAGAACAUCCGUUUUUCAACGGUAUCGACUGGCAACUGGUUUAUCUGCAAAAAUAUCCGCCGCCAUUGAUACCGCCCAGAGGUGAGGUCAACGCUGCCGAUGCUUUUGAUAUCGGAUCGUUUGACGAAGAGGACACCAAAGGCAUCAAACUGACUGAUUCCGAUCAGGAGUUGUACAAAAAUUUUCCGGUAGUCAUCAGCGAACGAUGGCAACAGGAAAUCGCCGAAACCGUGUUCGAGACCAUCAAUCAGGAGGCGGACAAAAUGGAAAUGAAAAAGAAGGCCAAAAUGAAGAACAAGUUCGAGGACGAGAAGGAAUCCGAUUGUAUUAUUCACGGCUAUAUUAAAAAACUUGGCGGACCUUUUGCCAGUGCUUGGCAGACCAGAUACGGCAAACUAUACCCGAAUCGACUGGAACUGCAUUCAGAGUCCGGUAGUGCCAAACCAGAGUUAAUAUUUAUGGACCAAAUAGAGGACGUGUGCAGUGAUUACGUGCAAAUCAAAGGCGAACAAUCAAUAGUACUUAAAAUGAAAGGCGAGAGAGAAAAGGAUGCAAAAGUUGUUGUCACUAAUCCGGAUGAGAUCGGGCUCAAGGAAUGGCUCAUAUCGUUAAAGUCGACCCACAAGAACUCACUGGAACUGUUGGGCAGUAUGGCCAAGAAGGCUACCAAAAUAUACGGAACGGUAGAUAAUAGGCAAACAACUGCUGUAACGUUGAAUCCGGCGUCAACUGGACCACAGACUACACCUUCACAUCAAUCGGCCGGUAAUGUACUCAACAGCCGCAAUGGAAAUUGAGAGGACAGUCAUCGAGACAUACAUAUAGACAAACAGCCAGACAGUUGGACAGAGAGGCAAUAAUUUAGAUGACAUUUUACUUCAAAAAAACAAAACAAAAAUGACUUACAAUUUCAUAAGACUUGACAAACAUUUUUUUUACUCAUAUUUUCGUCACCUGUUUUUUGUGAGAUGAGAUUAAUAAUAAUAAAUUAAUUAAUA